AUGGAAAAGCUGACCAAUGCCUUCACAUAUGACGAGUUUACGACACGAAAUUUCGGGUUUGUUGACCAAGCCGAACAAGACAAGCUGAAGGCGUCAUCCGUCUUCGUCUGCGGCGUGGGCGGCAUGGGCGGCGCGUGCUUGCAAGCCUUGGCGCGAAGUGGGAUCGGGCAUUUCAUUAUCGCAGAUAUGGAUGUGUUUGAGUUAUCCAAUCUGAACCGUCAGGUCUUCGCCAAUCUCGGCACGGUAGAUAAAGAGAAGACGCGAGCAACUGAGACGGCCAUAUUAAAUAUCAAUCCGGAAGCCAAAAUCGACGUCUAUGACGGGUCUUGGCCCGAUCAUUUGAACGGCAUUCUAGACCGCGUGGAUAUCGUCGUGAACGGCAUGGAUGAUGUUGCAGAGACCAUAAAUCUCUACCGUCAAUGCCGCCUCAAAAAACUGACGAUUAUUGAUGCUUAUGCGGCCUCUCUGCCCAGUGUUUAUGUGACGCGAGCGGGGAAACAAACACCUGAAGAGCGCCUGAAUUAUCCGACCAAAGGACGCCCGCGCGCGAGCUGGACGGAAGAGGAUUUUUCCGAGGCCUUUUUGCGUGAACUCGAAUUUGUCAUGGGAUGUUCUUCAUCACGGAAAUAUAUUGAUAUGGAGGCGGGCGCGGAAAUGGCCGCCGGUAAAAGAUCCCGAAUGUCUUUUGCGUCGAUGGUUAUUUUGACAGGAAAUAUGAUGUCAUACGAGGUCAUCAAUGCGUUAUUGGAUAGGCCCUCGGGCGCUGACAAUCGAGGAUACUUCUUCAACCCGCACACGGGGCGGACAGAGCGUCCGCCCAUUAAGCCGGUCGAAUGGCUUCUGCGAAGACUCGCAGGCCGCGCUAUUGCAAAGCUCAUGGACUGA